GUUAUUUUAGUUGUUUUAAUUCAUGGUUAAACUUGUAGUGAUAAUUACAUAAAGUAAUGGAUACAAUACUGAAAAUGAAAAAUUUUAAUCAAUAUUAAUUUAAAAAUACUUAACAUUUAAAAUUUAUACCAUCAUGAGAUUAAAUUUUAAUGUUAAGGAUAUGAAUCAUAUUAUUUUUGUUGUAACAUUAGUUACAUCAGCUUUACCAUAUUAUUUAACAGAAAAUAAUUCUUUACAUUUUCUUAAAAUUGAUGCGGGCAGUAUAAAUCUUCAAGUUAAAAACAAUGGCUAUCAUAGAAUUCUUCAUACUAUUGUUGAAGCAGAUUAUGAUAUCUCUAAUUAUAAAGACUGUGCUAUUAUGAUAAAAUACAAUUUUCCAACUGAUAUUUAUGUGGACACAUACGAAUUAAAAAAGUCUAUGCUUAAUCAAAAUGUGGAAUAUUAUGUAAAUAGUAAAUUUAUUGAUGUUGAGUUACCGGCUUAUAAAGCAAAUUCAUUUGUUCUACAUAUAGUCAAUUACUCUCAUAUCAAUGAAAAAAAUAAGCUAUUUGAUGUAGAGUUUCCAUUUCAUCUAAGAUAUCAAAAAUCUAUGGAAAAUGGUCAAUACAAAGAGAUAAGAUUUGGAAAAAAUCAUUCCGAUGUGCAAUUGUUUUACAUUUGUAAAGGACCAAUUGAAUUAAACAGGAAAUAUUUUGCUCCUGCAUCUGAAGAAUGGAUUUUUGAAAAAAGUAUUCAGAUAAAUAAAAAAGCAGUGAUGUCUGUACCAGUAGGAGAUUUAAAUAAAUUAUUUUGGGUCAAUCUUUUGACACAUUUAAUUGUAUUAAUGGGAACAUAUUAUGUCAUUCAAUGUGUUGUUUCUUCAUCAUUACUUGAUAGAUCUAUUAUUUCUUUAAAUCUAAUAAAAAAAUAAACAUUUUUCAUAUUAUAAUA